UCACAAAACCCUAUUUAAAAUGACGGAAUCCGUCGGCGAUCUCCGACUUGUCUUUCUUUAUCUUUCUUUGUACUCUUCCAUCCGAAAUUGGGGAGCAAAAGUCCCACACGAACUUUCUCUGAAUUUUACUUCCUUUUAGUGAAUGAAUUCCGCUGCUUUUGUAGUUCAUGGUGGUUUCAGAUGAGUGAAUGAAGCGGGUUUUGUGUGAAUCGCCGGGGUGGAUUUUGGAUUAUAAACGCUUGUCGUCGGUUUUUGCUUCGGUGGCUGGAAAACAACGAUUUGUCGUUGCUGGUGGCUGUUUGUUUUUAUCAUCAUGUUGAUGGCGGCGGAUGAGGCUUCUAAUUUGCCUCUCCAGUAUGGUUCUGAUGAUUUUGGUGAAGACAUGUCCAUUGACUAUGAAACGUUAAUACAUCUACUGAGCGAGGAUCUGGAUCCUUUGCAGGAUAAGCCAGAGGACUUGUCGCCAUAUAAUGCAUCGGCUGGCAAACCAGCUUCUGAUUCUUCCAACCAAGAGAAUUCCAAACUGCAGAACGAUAUAUCUCAUGGUUUCAUGGAUGUAACUUUGAAAAAUCAUAACAUUUUGGAUGAUAAGGGCACAGAAGCCUUGAGAUCCUCAGAAAAUAAUUCAUGUGCGUCAGUGGAAUUGCAUUUGUCUGAUGCAGAGCAUUCUUCCAUAGAAGUGAUUCCUACCGAGUCCGCAGUAAACCAAAGUUUUGAUUUUGCGACUGAUGUUACUGACUCUUAUUCAGACAUGCCAUACUGGAUGAGUACCGUGGAGCAACCUUUUUUAGUUUCUUCUCAAUACUUUCUUCCAGGAGAUUAUGAUUCUUCAGUUUUUUCUGGAAAUGGGGGCAUGGCAAUCAACAUGAUGAUGCAUGAAGGAGAGUUUCCAUCCAAUAGCCUGUCCUCAAGGACUACAAUGAAUUUGUAUGCACAGGGGGCUACUGAUCACAAAUCAGUAUCGAGACAGUCAGUCUCAAAGGAUUUAAAUCUUGAUGGCUAUCCAAAUGUAAAGGGAUGGAAUCAAAAUUGUGAAGGUGGAAACUAUUCAUUUCAUGCUGAUGAGCUUUGUAUUGGUCAGACAUCCUUGGAGCUUCCAAUGUCUACUGAGUUGAAUUCAUCUUGCAAAGAGCUUGUUAACCAAGUGAAGAAUGAAACGAUGGAUUCACUGGUUGAAUCUUGUAGUGGCCCAUGGCAAUCUAUGAUGGAGGAAAACAUGUUUUUUCCAUCCGGAAGAGUUUUUCAUUCUGAAGAUAUGGUUUGUGGAACAUCCAGCAGACUCUCCAUUGGUGGCAGGUAUCAGAAUUUAUACAUAACUGAUCAAUAUUCUCCCAAUGAUUAUUCAUCUAGUUUAAGCAAUCAGCCUUUGGCUUUCAUCAAGGAUGAUAGAGAUCAUAAAUUGACUCCAUGUAAGAGUGAUAUAGAUCAUCUACUAGUCAGCCCUGAAUCAACUCAUAGUAAUUUGUCAGGCAAGACCCAAGUGGAGGAUGAUCCAGAUAUCUGUAUAAUUGAAGAUUUGAGUCAUCCCGCACCAUUAAACCAAUCUCUUGUGGUUGGAAAUUAUGUUAUUGCUUCACAAAGUUGUUCUAUAGUCGGUGGUUCUUCCGCUUAUGUGGGAUUAGGAAGCAUGAGACCCAAGGCCAAAGACAUGGACAUCUUAAAAGUUGCUUUACAGGAUCUUUCUCAACCAAAAUCAGAAACUAGUCCGCCUGAUGGUGCUUUAGACGUUCCUCUUUUAAGGCAUCAGAGAAUUGCUUUGUCAUGGAUGGUUGAGAAGGAGACAUCUAGUGUAUCCUGUGCUGGGGGGAUUCUUGCUGAUGAUCAGGGAUUAGGGAAAACAAUAUCAACGAUUGCUCUAAUACUGAAGGAAAGGGCUCCUAUUAAAGCUUGCUCAAAUGAUAGGCAUGAUGAGUUGGAGACUUUGAAUUUGGAUGAUGAUGAUGAUAUACUUCCUGAGCUUGAUGUGCCAAAACAAGAAUUCUAUCAUCAAGUUUCACUGAGUAAGAAUUUAACUAUUAGCAAAAACAAUUUGGUACAAGCUAAAGGCAGGCCAGCUGCUGGAACUCUUGUUGUUUGUCCAACAAGUGUAUUGAGGCAGUGGGCUGAUGAAUUACACAAUAAGGUUUCUAGUAAAGCUAAUCUGUCAGUGCUUGUAUACCAUGGAAGUAGUCGAACUAAGGACCCUUGCGAGCUGGCCAAGUAUGAUGUUGUUCUUACAACCUACUCAAUCGUGAGUAUGGAGGUACCAAAGCAGUCUGUUGUUGAUGAAGAAGAAGAUGAGAAACGCCAUACAGAGGAACAAGCUAUUCUACCCAUGCAAUUUUCUCUAAGCAAGAAGAGGAAAAACUUCUCUGGUUCUGAUAAGAAACAAUCGAAGAAUAAGAAAGCAGUGGACAAUGAAAUUUUUGAAUCAGUUGCCCGCCCUCUUGCUAAAGUGAGGUGGUUCCGGGUUGUAUUGGAUGAAGCCCAGAGUAUCAAGAAUCACAAGACACAAGUGGCUAGGGCCUGUUGGGGUCUGCGGGCAAAACGUAGGUGGUGCUUGUCAGGAACUCCUAUUCAAAAUGCUAUUGAUGAUCUUUAUAGCUAUUUUAGGUUUCUCAAAUAUGAUCCCUAUGCUGCAUAUAAUUCGUUCUGUUCAGCAAUUAAGGUGCCAAUCAACAAGAAUCCAUCCAAAGGAUACAAAAAACUUCAAGCUAUUUUAAGGACAAUAAUGUUACGUCGAACAAAAGGCACACUUCUUGAUGGGCAACCCAUUGUUACAUUGCCACCCAAACACGUGGAACUGAAAAAGGUGGAUUUUACUGAGGAAGAACGUGAUUUCUACUCUAAAUUGGAGGCUGACUCAAGAGCUCAGUAUGAAGAAUAUGCAGCAGCUGGAACUGUUAAACAAAAUUAUGUGAACAUCUUACUGAUGCUUUUGCGCCUUCGACAAGCUUGCGAUCACCCUCUUCUUGUUAAACCAUACGACUCUAAAUCUUUAUGGAGAUCUUCAGUUGAUGUGGCCAAGAAGCUUCCACGGGAAAAACAGAUUUUCCUACUGAACUGUCUGGAAGCAUCAUUGGCUAUUUGUGGCAUCUGUAAUGAUCCACCUGAAGAUGCGGUUGUUUCAGAAUGUGGUCAUGUUUUCUGCAAGCAAUGCAUUUUGGAACACCUCUCUGGUGAUGAUAGCCAGUGCCCUACCGCAGGAUGCAAAGUUCGUCUCAAUGCAUCUUUGUUGUUUUCCAAGUCCUCAUUAUGCAAUUCUCACUCCGACCAGCUUGGUGAGGACAAUUCUGUGGUUAGCUCUUCUUCCACCGUUGGUGGCUCAGUGGAGCCCUCGUCAUCAGUUAUGUACGAGUCUUCUAAAAUUAAAGCUGCUCUUGAGGUUCUGAUGUCAUUGGCCAAACCCAAGGAAUACUCUUCAAAAAACAGCCCUGCCCAACUUGCUGUUGUCGGAGCCAGUGAGAAAUCAAUUGAUGCUCCAUCCACUGAACCGCAACUGGGAGGUUCCAAGUGUCAAGAUUCUACAAACAAAAGCUCUGGCGAAUCAAUUGGAAUAGGUGUAGAAAAAGCUAUAGUCUUUUCUCAGUGGACGGGAAUGUUAGAUUUGCUUGAAGCAGGUCUAAAAAACUCCUCCAUUCAGUACAGAAGACUUGAUGGUACCAUGUCAGUACUUGCUAGAGAUAAAGCAGUAAAGGAUUUUAACAAUGUUCCGGAGGUGUCAGUUAUGAUCAUGUCUUUGAAAGCUGCUAGCCUUGGUCUAAACAUGAUUGUUGCCUGCCAUGUUCUUCUGUUGGACCUCUGGUGGAAUCCUACAACGGAAGAUCAAGCGAUUGAUAGAGCACAUCGAAUUGGACAAACUCGUCCUGUUACAGUGUUGAGAUUAACUGUAAGAGACACAGUUGAGGAUCGUAUUUUAGCCCUUCAGCAAAAGAAAAGAGAAAUGGUUUCAUCUGCAUUUGGAGAAGACAAAGCAGGCGGUCAACAAACUCGUCUCACAGUAGAAGACCUGGACUACCUUUUUAUGAUGUGAUGAUAGAUAUACUUCCGAUUAUUCUUUGGAAUUGGCUGCUGAUGAUUUAGGCUAACAUCAUAACAUCAUAUGCACAUAUGAUAUGAAGUUUUGGGUGGUGGUGAAGGCUGCCUGCAUUGGCUCCAUUUUUGGAAAGCAAGUUGUCCGACAUAUUUAGAUUAGUCGGCCAACCAGAUGAUUUGUGAAUAGCAUUUUGUAGAAAUCUUUGAAUCCAUUUUUGGCCACUCAAUUCUUUUCUCACACACAGUUUGAUCCCUCUGUGGACUCUGUUUACACCCCAUUCCCGAAGUAUAUCCCACAGGUUGUAAAAAUUAGAAAUUUAUAGAAAAGAUAGAAAAUUAAAUCUGUCAAAAACUCUUUUCCUUUCCAAAUGUAAAAAUAUAUAUAGUAUUUUUUGCUUUAU